UUGUGCUCUUAAACAGACGUUUUUCUUAAAAUUGGAUUUCAUAGUUAGCAUAGAAAACACCAUAAGACAAGUCUCUCACAAUAUUAAUCACAUAACUAACCAACUCUUGAGAACUGAUUCAAAAAAAACUCUGGUAGCAGACCCCGUUAAAGUAUUUCAACGUUAG